CUUUUUCUUUUUUUUCCAACUUUAUACUUUUUUUUUUGAAUAAUAAUAAUAAUGGCUCGUACCAAGCAAACUGCUCGUAAAUCUACUGGUGGCAAGGCCCCUCGUAAGCAAUUGGCUACCAAGGCUGCUCGUAAGUCUGCUCCUACUACUGGUGGUGUCAAGAAGCCUCAUCGUUACAGACCCGGUACUGUUGCUCUUCGUGAAAUUCGUCGUUACCAAAAGUCUACUGAAUUGUUGAUUCGCAAGUUGCCUUUCCAACGUUUGGUUCGUGAAAUUGCUCAAGACUUCAAGACUGAUUUGCGUUUCCAAUCUUCUGCCAUUGGUGCCUUGCAAGAAGCCUCUGAAGCUUACCUUGUCUCCCUCUUUGAAGAUACCAACUUGGCUGCUAUUCACGCCAAGCGUGUCACUAUUCAACCCAAGGAUAUCCAAUUGGCUCGUCGUCUCCGUGGUGAACGUUCUUAAACAAAAUCAUCUCAUUCCUUUUUUUCAAUCAUCAUCAUCAUCAUCAACCAACAAUCAACAAUCAAUCACGUUAUUCAACUUCUCAUCAUUAGUUAUAGCAUGAAGUGUUUGUUUUCUGUACAGUUUCUUUAGUUUUUUUUUUUUCUUCCUCCUUUACCUCCUACCCUAUUUUUCUCCUUUUACUCCUUAUCUGUAUGUAUUUCCUCCUUUUACCUUUUUUUUAUUACAAUCAUCAAUAAAAAAUGAAUUCUUUUGAUAAUCUUUA